AUGAGGGGUGACUCGCGGGAGGGCGCGCGGCCCGCGGCGCGUGCUCGGCCGGCGGCCGGCGGCCGGCGAGCCCCGGCCGUCCCGCCGCCCGGCGUCCUCGCCAGCCCAGAGUCGCGUGGGGGCGGAGCCGCCCGCGGCCGCCGCUUCCUGAGAGCCGGGGAUACCCCUCCCGGACGUCACGGAGGAGCCGAGGCGGCGGUGGCGGCCCGCGGCCCAUCCUGCACUUGCAUCACGGGUGCAGCAGCAGCUGCUCGACUCCUUUGUGGCUUUCCCCCUGUUGAGUAA